AUGUCCACGAUAUAUAAAAAAAUGUCAUUUAUUCAAAAUAUAACAGCUGAAAAUUCAUCAUUACCAAUAUCUCCAUCAUCGCCGUUAAUUAGUAUAUCACUGUGGCCAUUACGCUUCGCCUGUCCUAUUCUUUUACUACUUUGUCCAAUAACCAAUCUACUAUGUAUUCGAGUGUUUCAAACUGGACUUUUAGCAUGUUUAUCCAUCGAUCGAUUAUUAGCAACAUCAUUUGUUUCAUUGUAUAGAUAUAAUUGUUCACCAAAUAUUUCAUUUAUUGUUUGUAUUCUUGUCAUUAUUAUCAUGUCAUUAGUAAACAGUCAUUAUUUAAUUGGCUAUAAUAUUGAUUCAGUUGGCUUUUGUAUAGCAGAACCAUUGUGGUAUCGAAAUAUUUAUUAUCAUUUGAAUGUUGUUUAUCUCUUAUCUUAUUCAAUCAUUCCAUUUUCUAUCAUAGCUGUUUGUAAUUUAUUCAUAUCAAUUAGUGUUUGUAAAACGAAAACAAAGUUACGUCAGAAAUAUUCAAAAACACUAGAUAGUAAAAUAUUGACUUGCGAAGGUUCAUCAACAACGGUAUCCCCUGCAACCCAUGUUUCCCCAAUAUGCGAUCAAGUGUAUAUAUCAUCACCAAUUUACAAUGACAAAGAUGAUGAAACAACGUAUUUUCUCUUCUUUAAAAGAUACUUAAGAAGAGCACCGAACAAUAAUAAUCAAACAAAAUCCAAAGCAAUGACAAUACUUAUUCAAGAAAAGAAAGAAUUUAUCGAUAAAAUAACAGAUACUAAUAAUGACUGGGAGUAUUCACCACAUCUCACACAUAAACAACUAUUGGAUAGAGCUCAAGACGGUCGAAAAUCGACAAUUGUGUCAAUUGAAGACACCUCAACAAUGUCGGCCACCACAACAGCCAUGCACGCCGAUCACGGUCAGUCAUCACCCUUAGAGCAGGCUUCGAAUCAUUUACCACCACCAUUAUCAUCAAAACGUCAUCGUUCUAAUUCAAUGCGUGGUAGUACCAGUCAUUUUACCUUAGCACUCAAUGGACCACAGUCAACAUCGUCGGCUAAAAUGUGUAUGCAGCUCCAAAUAACCAUCAGUCUAUUAGCCAUAAGCAUUUCGUUUAUUUUUUGUACAUUACCGAACUGUAUUUCAACCAUUAUGAUUGAAAUAUAUAAAAACGACAAUCAUGCAAGAGAAUUUUGGCAAGCAAUGAAUUAUUUUUCACUUGUUCCAUUGUUAAUAACACACAGUGUUAACUUUGCAUUUUAUUAUUUGUCGAGUCAUAUGUUUCGAGAUAGAUUUCAAGAAUUAUAUACAAAAAAACUAUGGGAAAAUUGGUGUUCAAUAAAACGUAGAAAGAAUUUAAAACAAUUUGAAAUAGAUUCACUGAGAAUGUAA